AUGAAUGUAACUUACUGUAAGUUACGAGAACACAAAGCAUAUGGUUUAAUGUUUUCAUUGAUAUAUUUAUAUAUUGUAUUGAUAUAUUGUCUAUCUGUGUUUUUGUUUCUGCAGUUUACUUGGAAGACAGCUUCAUCAAAUCAGGAGUCUUCAGUGUUUCGGAGCUGGUGCGCGUGUCCAGAAGUAAGUUCAGUACAUUCAUUAUAUCAUCAUUUUACUCAUUGUCGAUUCAAAAAGAGUGAGCUUUACGGGACACAAGCGGAAUAUCCAGUCGAGCAAGUCCCCAGCAUUAGAACACAGUGUGUGUGUGGCUACAGUACACCGGUGUGUGUGUGUGUGUGUGGUGUGUGUGUGUGUGUGUGUGUGGUGUGUAUAGACUGCCCUUCUCAAAGACAAUGACAGAUGUUCUUUCAGGAAUCUCUCUCCACAGUUAGCUGAGGACAAUGGUUCCCUCAGGCAGGAUUUACCUCUACUGCUCAAGUGCUGCUGUGUCCUACACAGUGGUGGAAAAAGCAACCAAUUAUCAUACUUGAGUAAAAGUAAAAAUACCUUAAUAGAAAUUGAUUUGUAAAAAGAAAAGUAAAAGUAAAAGUCACCUAGUAAAAUUCUACUUGAGUAAAAGUCUAAAAGUAUUUGGUUUAAAAUAUACUUAAGUAUCAAAAGUAAAUGUAAUUACUAAAAUAUACUUAAGUAUCAAAAGUAAAAGUAAAAGUAUAAAUCAUUUCAAAUUCCUUAUAUUAAGCAAGCCAGACGGCACAAUUGUCUUGUUUUUUAAAUUUACAGAUAGCCAGAGGCACACUCCAACAUUCAGACAUAAUUUACAAAUGAAGCAUUUGUGUUUAGUGAGUCCGCCAUAUCAGGUAGUAGGGAUGACCAGGGAUGUUCUCAUGAUAAGUGUGUGAAUUUGAUUUUUUUUCUGUCCUGCUAAGCAUUCAAAGUGUAACGAGUGCUUUUCGGUGUCAGGGAAAAUGUGUGGGUUAAAAAAAUACCCAAAAGAUUUAAAAAUAAAUAGUUUAAGUAAAAUUGUACAGAAACCCCCCAAAAAAAUAAUUUGUAGUAAAUUUUAUGUAUUUUUUCAAAUCUUUACACCCCCCUGGUCCUACAACAUAAAUUGUAAGGCGACUUUUUAGAACAGACCGGGGAAGUACAGGGUUUUUAAAAUAAAAAAAAAUAAAAACAAAACCCAAACCCGCUCCCCGGGCAUGAAAACUGGGCCGUAUCAAUGUGAAAGGAAUGAACCUGAAGGGGUGACAGAUAUAGGGGGGGGUAAUCAAUUUCGUGAUGGAUCCCGGUUUAAUCCCAUAAUUUUAAACGCAGGUGCAGUAACCAAAAAGGUGGAAAGUGGGCGUAAUGAUUUAGGGGUCCCGGGGGCCCGAAUUCCCAAAAUGGGGGGAAACGGGGGGUUGGGGGCCGUGACAAAGGAAUAUCCUGUAUUCUAACAUGCCUGGGGUUUCACCAAAAAAUUACUGACCCCUGACAUACAAAUUUUGGGGUUUUUACUUCAGUUUUUUUAAAGGGCCCCCUUUUUUUGUUUGUACCCCAAAUUUUUUUUAAAGUUGUUUUUCGAUUUUCGGUGUUUAGGGGCCCUUUUUAAAAAACCAAAAUUUAAAACUCAGUCUUGCUGGAUUCUGCAGGUUUUUUAAAUGCAAAUUCAAAAUGGAAAGGAAAAAAAAAAAAAAGUAAAAGGUGGGUUUUGUGUCAUUUUUUAUUUUGAAUUUUUUAGGGGGAUUGUUUUAGUUUUAAUUUUCAGGGGUCAUAUUUGCCCUUUAAAACAGUUUUAAAUGACUUGAUCGCAGAAGGGGAGGGCUGACCCCACAUUACGCCGGGGAGAGAAGGGGAGAAGAGAAAAAAGAGAGAGAGAGAAGAGAGAGAAGGCCCCAAAUAGGAGAGAAGGGGAGAAGAUGGAACCCAUAAGGGAGAAGAAUUAAGGGAAGUCAAACUAGAAAAAGCCCAUAGGGGAAAAAUAAGAAAUUUUUAGGCCCCUUUUUCAGCCAAACAAAACCCCCAAAAAAAAAAGCCCGGGCCCCUCAACCCCCCCAAACCCACCCCGCCCCGGGUUACGGGGGGGCCUCCCCCUUUCCCCCCACUUUGAAUAUUGGGAUAAUUUUUUAAAUUACGCCCUUUCCACAACCCGGGGGGCCCCCCCUCCCCCUUUUUUCUAUCCUUUAAAUUGCUCCCCCCGCACGGCCCGGGGAAAAGGGGGGGUUUUAAAACCGGGGGGCCCAAAAGGGGCCCCCGUUUUCCCGUUCCAAAGGAACUGAAAGUGGGGUUUCCAGGCCCGGGGGUGCUGGCGGGGUCUUUGGAUUUAAAGGUUUCCCCAAACCACACCAUUAUUCCAACCUUUCAAACCCUUUCCAAUUUCCCCCCUUUAGGGGACCACCCUUAAAACCCCCCUUUGGGGGUUUGUUUCCUUUGGGCCCCCUUUUUCCCUUUUAAAGGGGGGAGGUUUAACAGGGGGUCCUUUAAACAAUAUUGUUCUCCCUACCCCUUAAAAAUUUCCCUCCGGGGCCCAUAAAACAGGGAGAAAAAAAAGAAUUUUCCAACAUGAGUUAGGGUGGGGUUUUGAAUAAGCACCCGGUAUAAAAACAAAUUAAAAUAACCUCCGGGGAACUUUUUGGGGGUAGGUUGGGGGAAAUUUAAAAGGGCACGGAAAAAACAGAAAACAGGGGUUUGGUUCUUGUUUGGUAAGUCUUUUCGUAUUUUGGCUGCAUUGUUAUUCCCAGUCGGGGCAAUUUCUCAAAACAGAAAACUGAGCAGAGUGAAGUGUGUUUACACCUUGCUGAUAGAGGGGAGGUUAGAAGAGAGGGAAUAAAAGGGAAGAGUAAGAUACAAUUCCCUGCGAUUCAGCUGGUUUAGAGAGAGAGAAGCCUUUUCAGUCUACCUCAUUCGCCCACUCUUUUUAAACAAAAACCGUUGGUUUGGGGUCUCCUUGGGUUUUCCUUGAUGGGAAAAAGUUCGGUCGAAAACGGGGGGGGGGAAAAAAAAGUAUUGCCGCAAAACGGUGCUUGGAUUAGCGCCCAACGCCGGUUUUUUUUAAAAAUGCAGGGCUGGGUUCCAGUUCGGGUGCGCUUUCCAUGGGCCUCAGCCAAAAUUAACCUCAACCCCAACGCCCCCCAUCCGCCCACCCUAACCACCCCCUCCCCCCCCUCCCUUCCUCCGCAAGCGGCAGUUUCAAGAGAGGAAGGAGUGUUUACAGAGUGUCCUGGUAAACAAUCAGCUGUCCUCCCUGAAACAAUAUCCUCCUCACGGCCAUCAACCACAGGGAGAAAAAAAAGUAACAUUUCACACAGUGAGAUGUGAUGGUGGGCUGUGGUACUCGAAGCAUAUCACACAUAAAACCACAAUGAAAGUGACCUUCAGUGCACUUAUUGAUAUGUGCUUGACCAAUUACAAUAGGUAGGACCAAUCAGAGGCCUGGUGAGUGUGGCUUAGCUCAUGAGUUUGCAGUGUGCUGGUGGAAUGCAAACGUUAAAUGAUGUUCAAUCAUGUGAGAGGGGAUCAUGUACACUGAGAUCAUUUUAAUGAAGUUGUGGGCCAAGUUCAAGGUCACUUCACAUCAGAAGCCUAUCAAAGCUUCAGCAGCCAACCAAUCAGCAUGCUAGUGACCAGGAAGUAACCAACCUGUACCUCUCUUUUCCUCUCCUUCUUCUCCAGCGCCCAUCACCCAGGGGGCAGGGGUGAACUUCUCCAUGGCCGACAUGCCUAGUCAGCCGUACUACCAUGACCUGAACUCCAGCGUGGGCCUCCAUCGCUCCCUCUCCUCCCCACCUGGCAGGUCAGUGUACUGCAGGACUCUACCCUGCCCCCUCUGUCUUUGUCCCGCGUCACAUGAGAACCUCUCGUCACACAUUGACCUCUGAACUUUGAAUGAGAUGCAGGAGGGGGGAAUAUAAAACUGAUUUCAGUUUAGUGUCUCAGGGGGGUACAUUUAUAAUCUGUCAUUUAUAUUAUAGCAUUGCUUCCAUAUUUGGCUGUUUGUUCUAAUUCAACUCUGUUUACACUCACACAUCUGGACAAUACAUCAUCAGUAAACAUAUGAUACAGGUACUUACAACAUCAAGGGCUGUGAUAAAGCAUUAGAGACACAGGGAUGAAAGACUCAUCAUUUCUCCUCCUUCUUCAGUAAACGGCCCAAGACCCUCAACAUAGAGGAGAGUAUGGAGACCAGUCCCACUGGCCCUGACUUCUAUUCUUCCCCUAGCUCCCCAGCUAGCGGCAGCAGGACCUGGCACGAGAGAGAAGGUGAGAGGGGAGGUGUGUGCGUGACACUGCAGGAGGUUUACAGAAGCUGUACCGGGAAUGUUUUUAAUAGCAAGGUUCUAGAUUCCUAAAUCGCAAACGGAAUGUUCUCAGAACAGAACACUUUAAGAUAAUUGGCAAGGCUAGGUUGGGGGAACAUAAUCCCUAAUCCACCAAAAACAUUCUAGGAAUUAUUCAGCAUUCUAGGAAUUAAUAAUCAGAGAUUAUUACUGCAGCUAAGCAAAAUCAUUCCCUCAGAAAUACAAUAGAAUACAAUAAAAUUAAAUACAAUACAAUACGAUUCAAUUCAAUACAGAUGCCACAUUAUUCCAUAUCUGUCCAGACUCGUUGUAGCGCAGAAGAGCCCCCACCAUAAUCUGUGAUGUGUCAUGUAGGCUACACACUAUACAGUCUCAGGGGACAAGAGUGUCACUCUUCAACUGUCAAGAUGUUCCCAAUGUUAUCGUUGCCUCUUGACUCCACAGCGAGCAGUUACUGUAUGUUGAUAAAAUGAUAUGGCACCUUGUUCCCUCGAUGUGAGCCCAAUCAACUUGGCUGAGUAAUGACACAUGAUAACCUGAUAGCCUCAGGUCAGACCAUAAACACCACCACCGUAUUAUGCAAAACCUUAUUAUUACAUUGUCCCAAAAGGUUACAUGCUAAAUAUAUGCAAAUACUCUGUCAUAAACCAAGCUAAAUAGAGUUGGAUAGUUUUUUUCCUGCUGUGAUUUACAGUAAAACAUUCAAUGAGCCAAGCUUAAAGGCGCAAUCAGCAGUCACUACAUCAAUUUUUUUACUUUUAAAUUCAUGAUAUAUACCCAUUGAUUCUUGAAGAAUAUAACUUGUACAGUAGAUGUCUCCUUAGCUUAGUUCAACUGUCGUACCCCAUCAGAAUCCAAAAUAUAAAUUUGUUUUACUACUUUGUAACUGCACAUUUUAGAGUGGCCUUUUAUUGUCCCCAGCACAAGGUGCACCUCUGCAAUGAUCAUGCUGUUUCAUCAGCUUCUUGAUAUGCCAAACCUGUCAGGUGGAUGGGUUAUCUUGGCAAAGGAGAAAUGCUCACUAACAGCGAUGUACACAAAUUUGUGCACAACAUCUGAGAGAAAUAAGCUUUUUGUGAAAAUGUCAGCAAUGUUUUAUUUCAGCUCAUGAAACAUGGGACCAACACUUUACAUGUGGCGUUUAUAUUCUUGUCAGUGUAGUUUUUUCCGAAUGUUUUCAAAAAACAGGCUGGGUGAGUAACGGAAUCCUUUAUAUAAUGAACUCGUAAGAACAUCCCCCUGUUGAUACAGUAAACUGGUUUGGAGGGUUGUUGAGUUCUCUGAUAGUUUGGGGGCUUCCUCAUUGCUUCCUGUUUUCUCACCAAUCUGAGUGAGAGUUGCAGUGUUGAAGCGAUGUGAGUGGGAUUUUCAGUGUGGUAGCGAUUCUAUUGUGGAAUGCAGUGUUGCACCAAUGAAAGUGAGCAUGACAGUCCUGGGUGGCGCAGUGGUCAAAAGCACUGCAGUGCUGAGGCGGUACUACAGCCUGGGGUUCGAUCCCGGGAGCCCAUAGGAUGUUUCACAAUUGGCCCAGCACCGUCCAGGGUAGGGGAGCGUUUGGCCGGUGGGGCUUUCCUUGGUUCAUCGUGUUCUAGCGACUCCUUGUGACAUGGCCGGGCGCCUGCAAGCUGAUUCCGUUCGUCAGUCGAAUGGUGUUUCCUCCGACACAUUGGUGCGGCUGACAUCCGGGUUAAGCAAAUAUUGUGAUAAGAAGUAGGCGUCCAGGCGGGUCAUGUUUCGGAGGACGCAUGACACGACCUUCGCCUCUCCCGAGCCUAUUGAGGAGUUGCAGAGAUGAGCCAAGGGACCUAAUUCGGGGAGAAAACGGGGUAAAGAAAAUAUGCUUGUGGCCAUACCACCUUGAACAGGGUUGGGACGGGAGACAGCCUGGGAAUACCAGGUGCCGUAAGCUAAAUAAAUAAUACAAAGCGAGAAUGAGGAAAUGCUAGUGGGAGUUGUAGCAAUUGUGGCUGUGAGCAGACUUGGCAGAGAACUUUAUUAAUAAACCUGUUGUGUUGUUAUGCUGCGAGAGUGAAGGGGGGACGCUAGGGUGAACAGGUGUGUAUGUGCGUAUCCAGGAACGUGUUUGUGUGUCAGAGAGCGAGAGAGAGAGAGUGAGAGGGGGGCGAGAGAUAGAGAGAGAGAGAGAGAGGGGGGGGGGGCAAGAGAGAGAGAGAGGGGGGGGGGGAGAGAGAGAGAGAGAUUGGCGGGCAGGUGCGGUGGCUCCCGUUUGAACCUGACUCAGAUGAGAAGCUAGGUCUCAGAGGAGCUGUCUGACUCAACAGGUGGCAGGCCCAGUUGGCAGGCCAUCCCACGCCUAGCCCUGAUAACGCCACUAUAGUGACAGGCAGCAAGCAGGAGAGAGAGAGAGAGGGAGAGGGAGGGCGAGAGAGAGAGAGAGAGAAAAGGUGUGUGGUGUGUGUGUGUGUGUGAUCCUCCAGGGAAGGGUGUAUGUCUCAUUACCUGGUCUCGUGGUGCAGGGCAGAGCCCGUAACAUUUUUAAUUAAGCCCUCACGGUCCCGUGUUUCCUGAAUUGUUCACCCCUAACAAACACACACACACACACACACACUCCCCUUAAGCCCUAAGUUGAAGGGAGAGGGACGCCUCUCGUCUCACUACACUAUGACAGAUAAACGCUUAGGGUACAGAAGGUUCCAACAUCCAACGGCGUUAUGUUUUUUCCCCUCGCUUCUUUAAACGAGCCUUCUUUGGGAUUUUAGCUUGUUUUUUCCCUUCCUUCUUAUGCUGUUUUCCCAGCUAACACAUAACGUUAUGAGAACCAUUUGUUUCUUAGAGCUUGGUGAGAUUGUGGUUGUCCUAUGGUGAUUUUGCAUACAACCUUCCCACAACUUUCUGGGAAUGGUGCAGGAUACCCAGCUAGCACAUAACGUUCUAAGAACCAUACGUUCCACAGGGAUGCUGGCCAAUGUUGACGCCAAUGCUUCCCACAGUUGUGUCAAGUUGGCCACCUUUGGGUGGUGGACCAUUCUUGAUACACACGAGAAACUGUUGAGCGUGGAAAACCCCAGCAGCGUUGCAGUUCUUGACACACUCAAACCGUUGCGCCUGGCACCUACUACCAUACCCCGUUCAAAGGCACUUAAAUCUUUUGUCUUGCCCAUUCACCCUCUGAAUGGCACACACGCAAUCCAUGUCUCAAUUGUCUCAAGGCUUAAAAAUCCUUCUUUAACCGGUCUCCUCCCCUUCAUCUACACUGAUUGAGGUGGAUUUAACAAGUGACAUCAAUAAGGAAUAAUAGCUUUCACCUGGAUUCACCUGAUCAGUCUAUGUCAUGUACACACAGUGUAUGUAUCUUUGGUGGGAAUUUCAGUACUUCAGCAUAAUGUUUCCUACAGGUUUCCUCAUGGUUCUAUUUAAAGUCAUGUUCUCAGAAUGUUCAGAGAACAUUAAGAAACAACGUUCUUCUGUGGGAAUUUCAGUACCUCAACAUAACGUUUUCUGCAGGUUUCCUUAUGGUUCUAUUCUCAGAACAUUAAGAAAACGUUCCAUCAAAAACACAAGAAAACAUUACUAAUGUUCUAAGAACGUUCUUAGAAUGUUAUUUAAAAACAUCUACAUACUGUUUUAGCGUAAACAAAACUUGCUCUAUCCUCUAUCUUGUUAAGUGUGUUCAGGUGUGUUGGCCGCGGCCAAUAAAUUAAUAAUUAUUGGUUUAUUAUUAUUAUUAUUAUUAUUAUUAUUAUUAUUAUUAUUAUUAUUAAUUAAUAACCUUCUCAGAACAUUAAUAAAAUCUCCUAAGAAAACUUCAGGGAACCAUAGUAAAACGUUUUCAGAACCUCCUUGCAACCUAAAAAUGUACGUUACCAGAACAGGCUACAUUUCAGUUUUACCGGUCAGAAAACGUAUGGCUUCGUUCCUAGAACCAAUGGGAAACCAAAAACGUACGUUCCCACAACUUCCAAGGAACCAAAUGUGCUAGCUGGUUUGUGUUUAUACCUUACAGUAUCGGGUGAACACAUGCUGAUAUGUUACGGCUAGGGAGAAGAGGAGAGGGCAGGAAAUUCACGAGAGAACGAUUACUUUGUAAAGAGGGAAUAAAAAAAGAAGCGGAUUGAUAUUAAACCCAUAUGAGGCCAUCCAAAGUGCCAAAUGGUCAUUUCUUUUACAUGGCUAGUCCGGCGAAACCCUUUUACACUGCAAGGAAUAGGUGUAAUUCUGUCAUAUUUUUUGUCCUCUAAAGUAAACUCUAUGAAAUGGCUUUCACUUUUACUGUACAGUUGUCCUCAUGUUGUGGAGUUAUGUACGCCUAGCUGCUCCCCUUACAUAUUUUUGGCCACUGCACUCAAAUCCUCACUCAGCGACUGGUUUGAUGACAAACAGCUGUUUGCACUGAAGUAGUUAUCAGUUCUUCAUAUCUAAUGCUCCGAUGAAAUCUGCAGUCUUUACUUAAUUCUGGCUCCUCACACUAACCCGGUGGUGUAUUUAACUGCUAGAUACACAUAGAUUCAUGGCCCCUUCGUCAGUCUGGGACACCCUGGCCUGAGCACGCCCUGGCUUACUCUCUAAUUUGUAGGAGUGGAUCACGAGAUAACGCUAACAGAGUGAAAUCAUUUUGACAUGUCAAAAUGAGUUGUUCUAGGUGAAUUGUAGGAUUUUAUAUUGGUCAGUUCCCAGACCAGAGGGACUUUUCUUUCCAAUUCCAUCCCUGCUCAUUUUGAGCAGUUGCAACACAAUAACUGUUUACAAUUCUGUUGAUGUUGUUUUAAAUCAUAGGAAUUUCUCCAUAAAUGUCCAUUGUGUAAUUAUGUCAAUUUAGGAAAGGUCAAGAAUAUAUUUUUGAGAACGUUACACCACAUAAGAACAAGUCAAAACCAUAGUACAAUAGCCUAAAAUUAUUUGGACUUGUACCGUCAAAAAAUGGAAAGAGAAAAAUACAAAUCCAUCCAUUUUGUCUGAGGAAUUGCUCAUGUUGAUAAAAACGCUAUAAUGACUUAAGCUGCUUCCUUUACAAAUCCCCUGGAUUUCUGAAACCUUUGUCCUUCUCCUGGUUUGGGAUGAGUCACCUUUCCCUCUUCAGGUGGAUUCUUCUCUAUUGUUGGAACAGAGAGGGACUAGAGCGCUAAUCUUGUGGGAAUGCCUGGAGGGAGGGGAGGGAGGUGCGUAGUGAGGGAGGGAGAGAGAGAUAGAGCGAGAGAGAGAGGAGAGAGAGAGAGGGGGAGGGCGAGAGAGAGAUAGAGAGAGAGAGAUGAGAUAGAUAAGAGAGAGAGGAGAGAGAAGAUAGGGAUAGAGUGCGAGGAGAGAGGAGAGAGAGAUUGAUAGUCUCACCCUUCCUCGCUCUCCUUUUCUCCUCUCUCUCUCUCGCUCCCUCUCUCUCUCUCCUCUCUCUCUAUUCUCUCUCUCUCUCUCCCUUCUCUCUCUCUCGCUCUCUACUACGAUCUAUCUGAGAUACGUAGCUCGCGAUAGACCAUGCGAUGAUAGAGAGAUAGUCUAAGAUCUACUGGGCGAGAUCCUUAUAUCGGUAGCUGCGUCUACUAGAUAUCAGAUUCUAUCGCAUGCGAUAGAUAGGAGUCCUCUAUGCAUGUAAUUAGGGUAGUAGUAUGACACAUGGUUCUGAGGUCUGAGACGUGGGAAUAUAAAGGUCUUGUGACAGGUCCUGGGACAAUAGGUCCUGGGAGAACCGCUACUGUCACAGAACAUUAGCUCUUGGAGCACACUUUUUCAUGUUCAGUUCUGUUGUCAUACCUUGCAUAAGGACAUUGGGAAACAUGUCAUAGGAGUAGAAUUACAGCGAUGGCAAGCAUAUACAGUCACUGCCAUCACAUGCACAAAAUCAGAGUAUGCUUGAAAGACGUCACAGCAGGUAACACCCUGACCAGAUGUGCAUGUGUCUUCCCCUCCAGACCUGUCGUCUCCCACCAUGAAGAAGCCUGAGAAGCCUCUUUUCAGCUCCACCUCCCCGCAGGACUCCUCCCCCAGACUGAGCACUUUCCCCCAGCACCACCACCCCGGACUCACAGGGGUCGGACACAGUGGUGAGUAGGCUAAGCACCUGUACCCUACUAAGUCUAGACAUGCUCACUCAGUGACCUACAGUGACCUCUACAAGAAAGUGAUUGAGCUGAAUAUGUUUGUGUGAUGCAUCCCCCUCACCCCGCCUCCAAAACUCAUUUGAAUUAGUUGGGAUUGUAAUGUGUUUUUGCUUUUACACAAGUGUAUUGUUUAAUAGUUUGUUUCUCUCUCUCCCUCUCUGAAUGUGUCUCUCUGUCUACUCCCCUGUUUCUUUCUCUCUGUGUUUCUCUCCCCUUCUCUCCCUAUCUCCUUAGUUAUAUCGACGAGGAGCCCUCCCCCCCCACUCCCCCCUGCAGUUCUCUGCCUCGGCCAUCCUCCCCCCCGCCCCGUCACCCUACUUCUCUCACCCCACCAUCCGCUACCCGCCCCAUCUCAACCCCCCUGACUCCCUGAAGAGCUACGUGUCCAGCUACGACCCGUCCAGCCCACAGACCAGCCAGGUGAGUGUGUAGCACACUGGAGAGGAGUAGGGUUGGGCUCAAUUCCUAUUUGACUUCUUCUAUUUACCAGAGGAAUUGACUGUACACAAUCUCUCUCCCCAGUAGGCCUAAUUGUCUGGCAGUGUUUGUGAACAGUGAAAUUAUUGAAUGUGAAGUUCGGGAGUUUAGAGUUUAGUUUUUCUGGUAAAGAAUUUGUUAACUUCUGGAAGUAGUUAAAGGCCACAGGACAACCUUGGCUAUACAGUAGAACACUUUUCAAUGUGAAUUACAUUUUUAUUUUAUUUCAUAAUCCAUUUAGUAUUCAAUUUCCUCUGAAAAACCCAUUGACAAAUUGAAAAAGUUAUUUCUAAAGGUCCCUGUGUAUGCCAAAAAUAAUACCUGCCCCACAACAAUUUGUGCCCUUGACAUUUUUACAAAAAUCAAAUGUUGAUCUUAUGCCAGAUUCCCUUAAAUUAUUUUCACUCCUUCUAAUUUUUGUGGCAAUAUUUGUCCUUCACCUUGAGAAAAUAAAGAAUUGAUUCGGUGCUUUAUAACAUUUGCCACUUGAGAAUGUGUGGACAAUGUCUAUGGUCUUGAUGGAUAGUGAACUGCAAACUGUUAUGAACAUCCAUCUGUAAGGGUUCAAAUAAAGCUCCUCAUUUUCCCCAAGCGUUUCAAGCAGGUUGAAAUGAAUGGUUGUGACUCAUUUUGUGGCAAGUGCAGAAUGAACUUGAAAGUCCUUAAUAAAUUUUUUGUCAGUUAGGCUUCAAUUUUAUUAUUCUUUAUAAUCAUAAUCAGACUAGUACAAUCAUUGCACAUGGUGGCUUCACUGCACCACUCUUCCUGUGGUGCAUUCGAUUUGCACAGCAUUGGAUGGAAGGAGUUGACACAGGAUGUAAGAUUGGAUGAAUUCUCAGCUUAAUCAAGUGUCAAGUUCAACUCCCUGCAUUCAAAAUAUGCUGCUGUUCAAAUCUAAAGCACCUUUCUGCAAUGAAAAAAAAUCCCUUUCUGCAAUGACUGAAUCCAGACCUAACUCUGAAAUAAGUAUAUUUUAUAAAUAUCUAUGGAUAAGAGCAUCUUGAUAAAUGAUUACAACCUAAAUGUAAAAUAUACACCGUAAAAACCACUAACUCAAUAUACCAAAGAAAAUCCCUGCCUUUUUCUUCAAAGAAAUAUGAUUACAGAGACACAGUAUGUAUCAGAAACGUCUGAUAAACCUGACAGAAGACUUUAUACAUUGUGUACACACUUAACCGUUGUGUCACUGUGCCGAGAGAGAGAGUGAGCGAGAGAGAAAGAGAUGACAGCGCCGUGAGAGAGCCAUGUGAUACUGUAGUUACUCCAGACAAAACCACAGGGAAUGAUAAAGGUCGUAAAUAUUUGCCGUUGCUGGGGCCUCGGCUCUCUUUUGGCGGAAUUACUGGCCCCUCUCCACCAUGGUGCUGGAGGGAGUGUGUGUGCCGAGGAGGGGUCUCAGCAAAUAACACAGCGCUUAUAAUCCCAUGGACGGCAGCCAGAAUGUUUUUUUUUGCUUGCUUUAACGCAGAUUAUAUUACACUCUAAUUAAGCAUUCUAUUCACGUUUUUAAGGAACCCUGUGGACACAAGUCUUUUUCAUAAAGGCCUAUUUGAGGUUUGAACUUGGGGCGCCACAGAGCCCCAUACACCACUCACCGUCUCCCGCAGUCUGAAAGAGUAGCUCGGUUUAUCUCGCUCUCUAUCUAUAUCGAUACCUCGUACUAUCUAUCGCUCUCUCUAUCUAUAUCGCGAUAUCUGCUAGAGAGAGAGAGAGGGAGGGAGAGAGAGAGAAGUAGGGAGCGAAUGAGAGAGAGGGAGGAGAGAGAGGAGAGAGCGAGCGAGAGCGCAUCUUCUCUCUCUCUCUCUCUCUCUCUCUCUCUCUCUCUCUCUCUCUCUCUCUCUCUCUCUCUCUCUCUCUCUCUCUCUCUCUCUCUCUCUAUCUCUUUCAAGUGAGGGCAACAUUUUCCUCAUACAAAACAGAACUAUGCAAACAAUACCAUAAAACACUUUAUUUAAUGAGGAGGCAAUUAUUUACCGAAGUAAACAGCGUGAAAAUGUUUUGUAGUAUUCAAAAUUCACCUUAGAUAUUGUGCUGUUGAAAAACGUUUGUCAAGUGACAAUAAAAGUAGUACAGGAGUUGUGUCACUAACUGCCCCCCCCACCCCUCAGCCGAACAGCAGUAGCCAGGUGGGGAAGGUUCAAGGCCACUUCACCCCGGUCUUGGCCCCCUCUCCGCACCACGGCACAGUGCGACCCGUCUCCCUCUCCAUGCCCGACACCAAGCCCAUCACAUCAGAAGGUGAGUACAACAGUGAGCUCCCUUUCUUUCUCUCUCCCUGGCACUGCAAAACCCCUCUGUCCAUCACUACUGUCCAUCACUACUGUCCACCACUACUGUCCACUACUACUGUCCACCACUACUGUCCAUCACUACUGUCCAUCACUACUGUACCACUACUGUACCACUACCGUCCACCACUACUGUACCACUACUGUCCACCACUACUGUCCACCACUACUGUACCACUACUGUCCACCACUACUGUACCACUACUGUCCACCACUACUGUACCACUACUGUCCAUCACUACUGUCCACCACUACUGUACAACUACUGUCCACCACUACUGUCCACAACUACUGUACCACUACUGUCCACCACUACUGUCCACCACUACUGUACCACUACUGUCCACCACUACUGUCCACCACUACUGUCCACCACUACUGUACCACUACUGUCCACCACUACUGUACACCACUUACUGUCCAUCACUACUGUCCAUCACUACUUUACCACUACUGUCCACCACUACUGUAACACUACUGUCCACCACUACUGUCCACAACUACUGUACCACUACUGUCCACCACUACUGUCCACCACUACUGUACCACUACUGUCCAUCACUACUUUACCACUACUGUCCACCACUACUGUCCCAUCACUACUGUCCACCACUACUGUCCACCACUACUGUACCACUACUGUACCACUACUGUCCAACACUACUGUCCACCACUACUGUCCACCACUACUGUCCACCACUACUGUACCACUACUGUCCACCACUACUGUCCACCACUACUGUACCACUACUGUCCACCACUACUGUCCACCACUACUGUCCACCACUACUGUCCAUCACUACUGUCCACCACUACUGUCCACCACUACUGUACCACUACUGUCCACCACUACUGUCCACCACUACUAUCCACCACUACUGUACCACAACUGUCCAUCACUACUGUCCACCACUACUGUACCACUACUGUCCACCACUACUGUCCACCACUACUGUCCACCACUACUGUACCACUACUGUCCACCACUACUGUCCACCACUACUAUCCACCACUACUGUCCACCACUACUGUACCCCUACUGUCCAUCACUACUGUCCACCACUACUGUCCACCACUACUGUCCACCACUACUGUACCACUACUGUCCAUCACUACUGUCCACCACUACUGUCCACCACUACUGUACAACUACUGUCCACCACUACUGUCCACCACUACUGUACCACUGCUGUCCACCACUACUGUCCACCACUACUGUCCAUCACUACUGUCCACCACUACUGUACCACUACGGUACCACUACUGUCCACAACUACUGUACCACUACUGUCCACCACUACUGUCCACCACUACUGUACCACUACUGUCCACCACUACUUUCCACCACUACUGUCCACCACUACUGUACCACUACUGUCCACCACUAUUGUCCACCACUAAUGUCCACCACUACUGUCCACCACUACUGUCCAUCACUACUUUACCACUACUGUCCACCACUACUGUACCACUACUGUCCACCACUACUUUCCACCACUACUGUCCACCACUACUGUACCACUACUGUCCACCACUACUGUCCACCACUAAUGUCCACCACUACUGUCCACCACUACUGUCCAUCACUACUUUACCACUACUGUCCACCACUACUGUCCACCACUACUGUCCACCACUACUGUACCACUACUGUACCACUACUGUCCAACACUACUGUCCACCACUACUGUCCACCACUACUGUACCACUACUGUACCACUACUGUACCACUACUGUCCACCACUACUGUACCACUACUGUCCACCACUACUUUCCACCACUACUGUACCACUACUAUCCACCACUACUGUACCACUACUGUACCACUACUGUCCACCCCUACUGUCCAUCACUACUGUCCACCACUACUGUACCACUACUGUCCACCCCUACUGUCCACCACUACUGUCCACCACUACUGUCCAUCACUACUGUCCACCACUACUGUCCACCACUACUGUAACACUACUGUCCACCCCUACUGUCCAUCACUACUGUCCACCACUACUGUACCACUACUGUCCACCCCUACUGUCCACCACUACUGUCCAUCACUACUGUCCACCACUACUGUCCACCACUACUGUACCACUACUGUCCACCACUACUGCCCACCACUACUGUCCACCACUACUGUACCACUACUGUCCACCCCUACUGUCCACCACUACUAUCCACCACUACUGUCCACCACUACUGUCCACCACUACUGUACCCCUACUGUCCAUCACUACUGUCCACCACUACUGUCCACCACUACUGUCCACCACUACUGUACCACUGCUGUCCACCACUACUGUCCACCACUACUGUCCAUCACUACUGUCCACCACUACUGUCCACCACUACUGUACCACUACUGUCCAUCACUACUGUCCACCACAACUGUCCAUCACUACUGUCCACCACUACUGUACCACUACUGUCCACCACUACUGUCCAUCACUACUGUCCACCACUACUGUACCACUACUGUCCACCACUACUGUCCACCACUACUGUCCAUCACUACUGUCCACCACUACUGUACCAAUACUGUCCACCACUACUGUCCACCACUACUGUCCAUCACUACUGUCCACCACUACUGUCCACCACUACUGCUGUACCACUUUAUAUUUUUUAUACAGAUAAAUAAAUGUAAUGUGUGUGUGCUCUUCCAGGCUACUCAGCCCCGAGCACCCCCACAGCCAAUCGUUUUGUAGGACUGAGCCCUAGAGAUCCAGCCUUCCUUCACCAACAACAGGUGAGACACAGUACCACUUCCUUUCUUCUCUUCCUCCCUCCAAAAGGGGUCUGAGACCAUAGAGAUAUUACAUUCUGUGUCUGAGAGUUAAACCUCAUUGUGUCAAAUGUUCUGGCUCAGAAACAUGGGGAGUCUGAGAAAUAAAACUAUCAUAGACAUGAACUGUUCCUGACAGGGCUCGCUCCUGUGACUCUUGCACAAUACGUGAUAGUAAAUGCACUCUAAUUGUGUAGUGGAGACUUAUGGGAGACAUAUGGGGACCUUUUAUACCAUUCCAUAUACUGUAUGUAGGUAAUAUUGCGGAAUCGCUUUUACCUAAUUAUUUUCAGUAUGGGGCAGAAAGUCAUUAGAUGUAGCAUAAUAGAUGAGGGUGUAAUGUCCUCAACCGUUUUCUUCAAAUAGUGUCUAAAAUGUAGCUAAAUGCCAGUAAGUCAUCACAGACACAUUUAAACAGACCAGCACUCCCUUUGAUGCAGUUGUUUAGCUUUGAUUCACAUUUUGUAAGGCAGUCAACAGAGGAAUAUCAUGUAUAUGCUGUAUCAUCAAUAGUACAGAAGGGAGAAAGUGCACAAAAGUACAAAUGUAUCAAUUACUUGUCCGUCAUGGUUCAGUAUCCAUUAGACAGUGUCUUCCCAUACCAUUCUGUAAGUCAGAAUAUUCAGCCUUAGACACGUGAACAGACAGUGUACGAUACGGACCAGGGCCAGACUGUUUGGUGUUGUUGGCGUCGAGCAGUCGUCCCGGCGCCCGGGCAGAUGUGACCACGUGGCGGCUGAAGUGUGUGUGAGGUUAGGAGCAUCGUGGUCAGCGAGGGUGGAAAAGGAGGCUUGGAGCGCCAGCCCCUCCUCAUGAAACAGACAUACACACAAACACACACACACACACACUCACACGCUGGUCCGAGGCCAGGGCUUUCCAACCACGCUUAAUUGAAUGCAUCUGCACGCGGCUACAUAAUAGUCAUUGGUUUCUCUUCUCCACCGUAAUGACAAAGCCUGGCCUGUAUUUCUCUGCAGCUUGGCAAAGGUACAGCAGGCAGAAAAUGUGCUGUUUGUUAAUGAUGCUAUGAUUCUCUAUCGCGGGGUGGACUAUUUUGGGCAGUGUGUGUGUGUAGAGUUAAUAUGCCACAUUUUUAGUUGCCCUGCUACUUCUCUCAGUUAAGUCACUGAACAGCAGCUGUACUCAAUGUUGUCUCACUGGCCGAUAGUGUAAAAGUGUAAAAGAGCCAUUUAUUUUAUAUUAUAUUUAUUAAACUAAGGUAGGUCAAUCAAUAACUAUUCUUUAGUAUAGUUUAUAUAGUAUUAUUUCCCCUAACUGAAUACUAAAUGAAUAGAAAUAGACUUGGGGGAAAUACAAUAGCCAUUCUUCAUGCUUCUAUUGUAUUAGUCAGGCUUUGUCUGUGUGGUUUGUGGUUCAGGAUGAUUUAAACCUAAGAAGCUGGCUCUUUCAUUCCGUGGUUACAGGCGCUAGGCUACUAUACACUGUGGAGUAAACAAUGUCAUAGGUACACUCUCUUUGUUAUUAUUGCCAUGUUACCCCGGCUCUGGAUAUUUAUUAGGUAGUGUUAUGAGAUGUAUUGACACUUCUCCUGUGUGUUUGAGACCGUUGUUCUGAGGCGGGUUGGGAGGAGAGACCAGACUUACUGGGGUGUCAUCUUUCAGAUGCAGUCACCGGUGAUAUUUCAGUAUGCAGCUGUAGAGAUGCAAGUGUUGUCAGCCCCCCAAUGUCCCCAGUGCACACUCUACACACACACACACACACACACACACGCAUGCAUGCCCACACACACACACAACCCCACCAGCCCCCAAAACACCCAUCUGCCCACACCCCUCCUCCUUCCAAACAAUUCCUCGGCAAAAAAUCUGUGGAGAAAAAAAUAACUCCCAUUCAAGUCUUCUCCUUGGUUAACCCCUCGAGGGACUGUUCCUCCACCAUGCGUUCCUGUGGGAACGUUCAGUGAUCAGAUGUCAUUUGGUAUUAUCUAAGGAAGCCUGCUAAUCCCCAUUCUGCCUGCAUCUGUUUCGCUAAUGUUCCCCUAACGUUCCCCGGCGACGUCUUCCCGUCCCUCCUACCCCUGCCACUGUGAUUUGGCAGUGCCGGCAGACAGAUGGCGAGCCCCCCUAGAGGAGUGAUGGCAGGCCUGGCACAGGGCGUGGGGAGGAGGGUGAGGGUGGUGGUGGUACAGCGUCUGGCACAGCCAGAACGUUCGCUCUGCUCAAAGCUUUGUCAAAGCAGAGCAACAGGCUGGGCUGGGCUGGAUGAUGGAAAGGCAGUGUAGGGUUUUGGUGUGCUCUGGUGUAUGCAGCACCCUGGUCUCUGAUAUUAGUAGAGGAAUAAAGCUGGAGACUUAGCCAUGCAGUCUGCUUCUAGUAGAGGCUUGGUGUUGGGAGAACAAGUGAAUAUUAUUUAGAAAAAUUGAGUGGUGGCCUCCGCUUAUAUCCUCCUUUAUAGACUUGUGUGUGUGUGUGCACGGGUGCGUAUGUUUUUUUAGUUUCUAUUUGAUGUAGGUAAAUAUUGUCUUUAUCAUUGGUUAGGAAAUUCGGCAGACACCUUUACAUUUUCGAUACACAGAAGAACUAGAGGAAAUCAGUCAUUCACCUCAAGAUGUGCUGUGGAAAACCACUGUGUGGCUCUGUGGUGCUCUUCGAGAGUAGGCUAAUGUUAUCAACCAUCCUAAGUGGGUUUUGAAUAUUCAGCGUGUGAGUAUAUAUGGUUAAACCCUCUUAAGAGCUCUUCAGUCUGCCACAGAUGCGGGAAGAUUGCUCACAAGGCACUUUUUCAAGACGCAUUACCAAAUGGAGGUGUUGAUUGUGUUGAUUGUGUUGACGAAAGGUGCAAGGUUAGCUGGGUAUUGGCUGAGACGGCUCUCUACUAGAUUGUGGACGUGUGUGUGUAUAAUGCCUGGACGAGAGUGUGUGGUGGUUUUGCGUUAACGUGUGUGUGUGUCUUUCAGGGGGGUUGUGUGUGUGUGUGUGUACAGUAUGUAUGUGCGAGUGUGUGUGUGUUUUUGUAAGAUGUUAGAGACAAGACAGCAGCCCUCAUUUAGCUACCCUGCCACAAUCACAUCUAGCCACCUGUUUGACCAUCAUACAGUUGAACUACUAUUUCCAUAUGGGUAUACUUGGAGCAGAAUAGGACUGCUAUAAAAUACAUAAAUGCCUCAACGAGCCUGUAUGCAGAAUAAGAAUGAACACUACAUAUUAUCUAACAACAUGUAUGUAUGUAACCUGUGGAAUGCAUGGCCCCAUAGGCUAACCAUAGGGAACUACUCCCUUAUACAGUAGCUGAAGGAAUGCCAUUGACAUGACUCACAUUCUGUAAACUAACCUUUUCUUUGCUUCCAGGUCAGAUUAGAAACAUAGUACUAUUUGUGGCAUGCUUAAUGUUCUUUAUUUGAUCUGCUUUCCAUAGAUUUGAACUGUAGAAGGAUCUAAAAUUACUGAACAAUAAUGACUGAUGUGUCGUAUUUCUUUAUGUUUAGAUAAAAACAUCUGUAGGAUAAUAGUUUGGCCAAUUUUUUGGUUUGUUCUAGGCUCUCUGCUUUAGGAUUUUUUGCAUGCAUGAUUUUGUUUCGUAGUGACAUUGUACAGUAACUUUGUGUCGUUGAUAUCAAAGUGAGCUGUGAGUUGUGCUGCUGGCUCCAUGUCUGACUGCUAGGUUUUAAUUGACAGCUGAGGAUAUGUGACUGGACCAUGAAUCAAAACGGCAGGCAUUAUGGCCCCAGUGGCACUGAGGAUACUUUGGGGAUUGCUUGGCAAAGGUAACGUUUCCAUUAUUUCAAACAUUCUCUCUAUCACUUGUCUACAAAAUAUAUUCAUACCUUCAAUAGAGUCUACAGAUUGAGAUUUUAUUGACCCUGAAGUGAUAACAUACAAAUGUUAAGACAGUGCAAAGAGUUCAACCCUCAUCUCUCUGUAUUCCUUACACCAGUCACCCUUUCAUUGCUGCCACCACAAUGGGAAUCUGGUAUACCCAUAAAGAAUGUGAACAAUCUGUUGAACUUUGCUCACUAUUCCAGUAGGUUCUAACCCUCAUUUGUACUGUAUAACUAGUCAUUAUAAUCAUUCAUAGACUGCCAGAGGAAAUGUCAACCAAGCAAUAAAAGUGCCAAAGGUGAUAUUCAAGGUGUCAUAAUAAGCUGUGUGUGACAUCAAAGAGUGAUUUGCAUAAAGUUUUACAUACCUCCACCUUUAGCUGUUGUUAAAGGUGGAGGUUGUUCCUAGGAAUGUAUGGGAGUUAUUCUUUAAAUGCUUUAAAAUGUAUAUAUUAAUUAAAUAUAAUUAAGUAACUUUUUAGCUUAAUUUUACAUUUUUGGUAAGCACCUUUAAAUUAAAGAAAAUGUCAUAUUUUCUAUUUAUAUAUUUAACUUGAAAAAAUUAAGUGUGUUAGGAGGAUUAACGUUACUGGUUAACUUGUAUGUGUUACUGGACCUUAUCAAGGGGCACUCUGCUAUCGUCUAGAAUGCCUGUCUGUACUGCACUGUGUGACAGGAUGCUGCAGACUUUAUCGGCUGAUUGGGUCUUUGGAAUGAGGCCAUGGCAGUUCCUAAGAAACAAAAAGAUUUAGGGGAAACGAUGUCUUUCUCUCUCUCUCUCUUUCUCACUCUCUCACACACAAAUUGCCCAAAAGAGUCCUCCCCACUAUAGAGAAGCGUAGCAUCAUUAACAACCACCACAUUUUCACAAACCUCUCUAGGAGAGGGAGGAUCGGGUUAGGGGGUAGGGAGGGAGGGAGGGAGGGGGAGGGAGGGAGGGGGAGGAGGGAGGGAGGGAGGGGGAGGGAGGGAGGAGGGAGGGGGACGGAGAGGGGGGAGGGAGGGAGGGGGGGGGGAGGGAGGGAGGGAGGGAGGGGGGGAGGGAGGAGAGAGGGAGGAGAGAGGAGAAGGAUAGAGCGGAGAUCUCGAGAGGAGGGCGAGAGAGAGAGAGAGAGAGCUCUCUCCUUCUCUCUCUCUCUCUCUCUCUUCUCUCUCUCUCUCUCUCUCUCUCUCUCUCUCUCCCUCCUUCCCAGUGCAAACACAUAUUUAUCUUUCAUUUCUGCUCUGAGCCUUAG